AUGUUCAACCACCCAUGUUCUUCUUGCUAUCAUCGUUAUCAUGCUUUUGAGGGGCAAAACCAGAUACCCUUUUACGAGAAUCAGCUUCAAGAGGCUUUUUCUCGUGUUUCAUUAACACCCCACAAUAAUAAUAAUCCUGAUUUUUCUGGUCAACGGUCAACCAUAUUCUCUUUCGAUGAAGAAGAACAAGGGUACGAAUACAAGUACCCUUUUGUUUCUCCUAAUCCUUCAUCCUAUUUGGUGCCUCCAUCGAUGCAACAUUCUAACACAGUUCCAACGAGACUUAUUCCAAUGAAUGAGUCUUUGAUGAUCAAUGGUAAUAAUAGCAGAAGAAAUGUCCAUCGUAAUAAUUUCAAUGGUACUAGGAGUCCACAGAGUUGGUCUCAGCGUCCUUGUUCGUCCGUGAAUUAUUUGAGGGGGAAGAUUCUGGAUUUGGCCAAGACUCAAUGUGGAUGCAGGGUUUUGCAGGACACCAUGAAAGGGUUAACAUCAAAGGAAGAGGUUUCUGUUUUUUUCCAAGAGCUUGUUGAUCAUAAUGUGAUUGAGUUGAUGGGGCACUCUUUUGGGAACUACGUUUUUCAGAAGUUGGUUGAGAUUUGCAGUGAGGAACAAAUCACUACCAUUGUUUUCAAUGCGACUAAGAAUGUCCUUAAGUUUGUCAAUCUUUGCCUUGACAUUCAUGGUACUAGGUCUGUUCAGAAGUUAUUGGAGCAUGUAACAAAUCAAGAACAAAGAUUAUGUAUAAUGUCGGCGCUGACACCAAGUGUUGUUGCUUUGUCUACUAACACGAAUGGUCUUCAUGUGGUUGAUCACUGUGUCAAGCAUUUCUCAAGUGAAGAUACUAAGAGCUUCUCCUUGCAGUAUAUGAUGAACAUUGUAGCAACCAACUGUUUCAAGAUUGCAACAGAUAAAAGUGGUUGCUGUGUGAUUCAGCAAUUUGUUGACCAUGCUCCUGGUGAAUCCAAAGAUUUAUUGAUGGCUGGGAUCAUACUAAAUGCUCCACUCCUCGCCGAAAACUGUUAUGGGAACUAUGUGGUGCAACAUUUAGUGUCACUGAAAAUAGCAAGAGUGACAAAGAGUCUGAUGAAACAGCUAGAAGGCAAGUUUGUGUCAAUGUCAUGCAACAAGUAUGGUAGCAAUGUUGUGGAGAAGUUCUUCCAAGAUUCAGGGGAAAGCCAUUCAAGGAGCAUUAUCUUAGAGUUGCUGCAUUAUCCAAAUGUCUCAAUGCUUCUUGUGGAUCCAUAUGCUAAUUUUGUCAUCAGUUCUGCAGUCAUAGUUUCCAAGGGUGGCACACGAGAGGAACUGCUUAAGGUGAUUAAACAACAUUCUCCAAUGAUGCGUAGCAACCAUUAUGUUUUGGCAAGUAUCCAAUAUGGGUAUUAUGGUAAUUCUCGCUUGGUUCUUGGUCCGAGUUCAUCGCGUUUGAUGAAGACAAGUUCAGUUCUUGUGGAGAAAGUUGAAGUGAGAAAUGAUCACAACAAUCUUGUUCUUUAUGCCUUUAAUCAGAAGCCUGAGUUAAUUUCUCAAACAAAUUGGACCACUUCAAGAUUCUUAGUUGUUCCCAGAAAUACUCGCAAGGGAUUUUCUUUGUGGUUAAAUAAGGGUUCUAGAAUUCGUAUGAGGUGGGAAGCACAAGCAAGUAGCAGGAAUCAGCUUGAAGGGAUGGUGAUUAAAGGAGAAAGGAGAUUUGAAAAAAUGGUGCCUCAACAAACAUUCUCCCUUGAUACACUUGCCAUUCGUGAGACAAUCAAUGGUAAUGAAGCUGAAUACAUGAUUGAGGAAGAUGAUAGGUACCAAAUUGGAGUUCUAAACAUGAAUGACAAGAACAUAGUAUUAAACUUGAAUGUUAAUGUUUCUGCCAAGAUUUAUGAUACCACCAAAGCCAACAACAUCUACUCUUCUAUCAAUGGAUCAUGCACAUUUAGCCUCCUCUUCCCCAACACAUAUUAUCUCAUUCUAACUGCACCAAAAAAUGUAAAUGAUUACGACGACGAUAGCAACAACGAGGAAGAAUGGUUUGUUGAAGUUUCGUUCAUUACUCGUGUGAUAGCCUAUAUAGCUAUUUUAGGACUUUGCAUAAUUGUUAUCUUCAUGAUACUGAGAUGCCUUGGAGGUUAUGAUAAUGAUAAUGACAAUAUUUCUUCAUCACAAGAAAUUACUGAACCAAUGAUGCAUCAUCAUCAUCAUUUGAAGCCAAAUCCAAAAAAUGAUGAAGAAGAAGAAUCAUCAGAAGAUGCUUCUAGUUGCUCCUCAGAGGAAUUAUAUGAUGAGAAAUUGUGUGUCAUUUGCUAUGAUGAACAAAGAAAUUGUUUCUUUGUUCCUUGUGGCCACUCUGCCACUUGCUUUCCCUGUGCAAAGAGGAUUGUGGAUGGAGAGAGCAAAGUGUGCCCUGUGUGCAGAAGGCUCAUUCACAAAGUGCGAAGAUUAUUUAUGAGUUAG